UCUUUCAAAAAACUGUGCAGUGUGAAUGAGAACGCUAGAAAUAGAAACCGAAAGAAAGCGAGUCAAGAUUCAAAACAAACUGUUGUCAUCGCCGCUCGCGCUUCAUAUUACGCAGAAAUGCUCCUCUUUGCAACCGUCGCGUUUCUUGUAGAUUUAUCCUGGGCUCUUCCAACGGACAUUAUUAUUCAAUUCGAGCGCAGUGUUUUGCCAAACGGGACAGUCGUGGAGAGGAUCCUUGUCAGUGAUGCAAAUUUAAAGGGACAGUUCGACAAGCAACCUGUUGUCAGACCCAUUCAAGAUGAAGUCCUGAAGAUGAUGGUGGAGAAUGACAAUGAAACAGCAAGCUAUGGCACAUAUAUACGUUUGAGGGAAUGUAAGCUGCGAGGAUAUCGAGUCCUGCAGCUGUCCGACCGGUUUCAGCUCAGUGGCAAAGAUUAUCUGACUUUAGAUUCAGACAGUGAUUCAUGGACAGUGUUGAUGCCGGAGGCGCAUGAUCUAAAGCAGUCAUGGACACUUAAGGCCGAGCAUGCGAGUCUAGAGAAAAUUCACCUGAAAGAAGAAUGUGAGGAAUUAAUUAAACAGAUAAAUGAUGCCCAGAAUCAAGAAGGGCUUGGUGUGUUAAGAGUGAUGGCUCCAGUUCUCACCACUUUUCUCUUCAUCGGAUUUGUCUUUAUGAGCCUCCUUAUCUUCAAGCGACACGGUCAUCAGCCAGGAGGUGUUUUAGGCUCAAUUAUCCACUAUCCAGCCCAUCAUCUUGAAGUACCAUUGAACGAACAGAGUCAAAAGGACAUCUCUCAAGUUCCAAUGCUGAAGGCAUAGCAAUCACCUAACCUGCCCAACCACAUUAUUGUGAAGAGUCAACUCUUUGUCAUGAUUUCAGAAGUCUUAGACUGAUUUGAAAGUUCAGUAAUAAAAUUGUUCCGAUGUAAAUAUCAUUAUAUAUCUUUUUUUAUAUUAUUAUUAGGGACCAAGCACCGAAGGUGCGUAGGCACCUAUUGUAUCUGUUGGCCUUCUUCUUCUUCUUCUUCUUCUUCUUCUUCACUCUUGAGUCUAUGGCAG